AUGCACCACAGCUCAGGAGGCUGCAAGCUCCUCCUCUCCUCCACGUUUGACCUGCCAGGCAUCCUUCCACCCUCCUGGAUAUUUUAUUUCUUUCCCCUGACAUCGCGUCCCCAAAUGCACUGACAGCUGGGCUCCAAGUGAAGUGGCUACUGCUGCAUCUAAUUUAAGCAAUCAUAGUGCUGCGAAAAGACAGGGACCGUCAGAUUGCCUGCCCAAAAGGAAACUUAGGAUGUACGCAAAAGGGACAAUAACGGACGAGACCUGACGCGAUCUUGGAACCGAUAAAAGCCGGUAAAGUUAAGCAUGGCAGACGGCUCUUCCAUAAACGGGGAGGACAAGGACCCUGAUAUUGAGCUAUUUGUGAAGGCAGGAAGUGAUGGAGAGAGCAUUGGGAAUUGUCCUUUUUCCCAACGCCUAUUCAUGAUCCUGUGGCUCAAAGGUGUGGUCUUCAACAUCACCACCAUUGAUAUGAAGAGAAAACCACCUGAUUUGAAUAAUCUGGCGCCAGGAACUAAUCCACCAUUCCUGACGUUUAAUGGAGAGGUCAAGACUGACAUCAACAAGAUUGAGGAGUUCCUUGAAGAAGUCCUAGCACCUCCCAAGUAUCCUAAACUGGCCGCAAAGCGGAGGGAAUCGAAUAUUGCGGGGAAUGACAUUUUUGCCAAAUUUUCGGCAUACAUCAAGAACACAAAACCAGAGGCCAAUGCUGCUCUGGAGAAGGGACUGGUCAAAGCUUUGAAGAAACUGGAUGUCUACUUGAACACCCCCCUUCCUGAUGAGGUCACAGAUGAUACGAGCAGCAGCCGGAGGUUUCUGGAUGGGGAUGAGUUGACUCUGGCUGAUUGCAACCUCCUGCCAAAACUGCAUAUUGUCAAGAUUGUUGCUAAGAAGUACCGUGACUUUGACAUCCCGGAAGACAUGGUCGGAGUGCGGCGGUACCUACAGAACGCCUAUGAACGAGAAGAGUUCAUCAACACGUGUGCGGCGAGCCAGGAGAUGGAGCUAGCCUACGUGGAUGUCGCAAAGCGGCUGGCGUAGUUAGGACACCGGGGGCCGUGGCAGCAGCUGUCGCAUUCCCAUGUGUAACAUUAGACAUUUUUAUUUGCGGAACAUGCACCGAAUGAGACGUUCCAUCACUCUUCCAGGCGACUCAAACAAUACAGGGAGACCAUAAUAGAAAUAGGAUUUUUAUUAGCUUAUGACUCUGACCAUUAUAAGUGGUUGGAAGAUGGAUGAAUGGAAGGAUAGACUUUUACUAUUAUUAUUAUUAUUAUUAUUAUUAUGACAGUUAUAAUACACAAAGGGCAGGUUUACACAAAUUUAUUAUACAUCUUGUCAAUAGUAAUCCAUUGAAGGUUUUAUAUAAUGUGAUGUAUAGGGAGGACAAUGCAUGGCCAUUGAAAAUAUUUUGUUUAACCUUUUAGUGUGAGUAUUCCUGUAUGUAAUUGCACAGCAGGCAGAGUUGUGGUCUUACAGCUCCAGGCUUUGGGGUUAAAAUCUAGACCCAAGUCCAUGCGUAUGCAGUCUCUCCAUGUUGUACGAGUUUUCUCUGGAUACUGUUAAUUUUAAUGACACACACUAAAACAAAUUGGCACACGUGGGUGUGCAUGCCCUCCGAUGUACUCUCAUCACAUGUACGGAGUACCGCUGCCUGAGACAGGCUCCGCCCCCAAACCCCAUACAGGAUAAGUGGACAGAUUACAGCAUGUAAAUCCUCAGAUUGCAGCAUGUAAAUACUCUUUUAAUUUGAAUCUUCCUUUUCUCUGUAACGUACAUCCAUAUGUGCAAACUGGACAGCUGUUUGAUUUAAAGAUAUGAAUGGGAUAUAAAAAUAUCGAAUUCUAGUAAUCUGAUUAUUGUUUUAUUUUAAUAGUGAUACUUUGUAUAUAAUUUAUGUGCAUAAAUAAAAGGAAAGGAAGAGUGUGAAUAAUAGGAUAGAACGUACUGAUUCUGAAAUGUAAAGUUUGUUUAUUAAAAAGAAAAAUAAAAGGCAGAGAGCACAA